AUGAAGAUCCCUAAAAUCCUUAAAUCAAUAAAAUACUCUUUAGCUGCCGUUAACAGUAUAUAUGCGGUAACUGGUGUUCUUCUUUUAAUAUUGGGAAUAGUGGUAAUUGUGCAAUACUCCUACUAUGACAAUCUGAUAACAAAUCGGUUCUUCACGUUGCCCAGCUUUGUUAUUGCCACAGGUGUGAUUAUAAUGCUGACGUCGAUCUUGGGAUUUUAUGGAGCAAUAUCUGAACAUUUCUAUGUUAUUGCUGGGUACGUAACACUUCUACUAGCCAUUUUAGUAUUGGAGAUCUCAAUGACGAUUGCUGCUUUUGGAUUGAGAAACGAUGCCAGUUCUGAGAUCAGAGCGCCAAUGAUACAAAGCCUUCAGUUGUAUGAAGUAAGGCUGGACAUUGCUAGGAUAUGGGACGAUAUGCAAAUGGAAUUCGAAUGCUGCGGAGUUGCUGGCCGCCACGACUGGGUCUCGAACCGCAUACCCAUCAGCUGUUGCCACAUCGACUACGGGACAAUAUCGCCGUUCCAAUGCACGUCCAUUAACGCAUACACCGUGGGCUGUGCCAGCGCCUUGGGCGAAUGGUUGAGUUACUACGCCUUCGUUCUUGGGGUAGUUGCGGCCAUAGUCACAUGUCUGCAGGUAUUUAUCACAGCGGCCGCCGCUUGGAUGGCAUGGAGAUCAAAAUUCGAGGAGGUAGAACUGGAGUCU